GAAGAAGAAGGGCAUGGAGCACUUUCCAAUCGUGGAAAUGGCGCUUUGAGUGGAAACCAUAGGUGGAGACCAGAAGUCAGAGGGAGCAUCUCGUACUUGGCAGUCUAGUGAAGGCCCCAAAGGGCUGUACGUAUGUGUUGUACUUUGAAAAAAGGAGCGGAGUAUGAUACGGGAGAAAGGGAAUCAGGAGAUUCUUCAAGGAAAUCUGAACAUCCGUGGCAGACAGUGAACCAUGCAUGACCUGACGGCCCAAGUCACCAGCAGCUUGCUGCCGUUUCCUGGAGUGACUAUAGAUGCUCUGGGAGAGGAUGAGAUCACCCUAGACUCUGUGUUACAUGGGAAGUUCACUGUUGGCCGGAGCGGGCUUGCCUGGCUGGCCUGCGGCCCCCACCUGGAGGUGGUCCAUUCAGUGACAGGAGAGCGACUGUCUGCGUACUGCUUCAGUGGUGGAGGAGAGCACCCCCCCACUGUCCUUGCUGCCAGGGACUUUAGCUGGCUAAAAAGGUCUGGAUUACUUGUCGGCUUGGAGGAAGCAGAGGGAAGUGUGCUGUGUCUUUAUGAUUUGGGACUAUCAAGGGUGGUCAAAGCUGUUGUUAUACCAGGCAGGAUUACAGCUAUUGAGCCGUUAGUGAGUUAUGGUGGAGCAAGUGCUUCCACCCAGCAUCUUCACCAAAGUCUGCGCUGGUUCUUUGGCAUUGCCGCCGUAGUAACAGAUCUCGGCCAUGUUCUGCUGGUCGACCUCUGCCUGGACGACCUGUCCUGCAGCCAAAGUGAACUGGAGGCUUCAGACCUGCAGGUAGUGACCAAAUCUCCAGCCGAGAUCCCCCGGCUGAGAGAAGUCGGCACCAGUCAGGGCAGACAUCUUUGUCUCCAGCUGAAUGGGCCCAGCAGUGUUGGAGCGACAGCUCUGCAGUACAUCUCCAGGACCAACCAGCUGGCGGUGGGAUUUUCAGAUGGAAACUUACAGCUGUGGAACAUGAAGACUCUAAAGAAGGAAUACCACUCCCAGUUAGAAGGUGGCAGGGUGCCUGUUCAUGCCUUCACCUUCCAGGAGCCAGAAAACGACCCCAGGAACUGUUGCUACCUCUGGGCUGUCCAGUCUUCUCAGGACCUCGAUGGAGAUAUGGUCAGCCUCCGCCUACUUCAGCUGGCUUUCAGUGAAAGGAAGUGUCUAUCAUCUGGGAAGAUCCUCUAUGAGGGUCUGGAGUACUGUGAGGAACGUUACAGUCAGGACUUAAAUGGCCCAGCUUUCCCUCUCAGGGCCCAGGCCACCAACACCCGCCUGCUGAGCUGCCAGACCAUCGAGAAGUUCCGACACCAUCCUGACAGAGACGACAGCAUGAACGAAGUUGCAUCUCCAGACACCAGUGUUUCCAUCUUCUGCUGGCAAGUCAAGGCCUACGGUCAGGGAACCCCAUCCACCUACAUCGGGGUUUUUGACAUCAACCGUUGGUACCACGCACAGAUGCCAGACUCUUUGAGACUAAACAGUUUUUCUUGCUUUCAUGUUCCAGAUGUUACCUGUUUGAUCACCUCUGGAAUUGUGCACUCGACCUGCUCUGGGUAUCAGAAAGAGACCCUGAGCUUUUUGAAGAAAGCUGCUCCUUGUUCCAGUGAAGUCAUCUCCAACAGCUACUCUCGCUGCCUCAUGUCCGGCCUCCUCUCCUCUCGCCUGGCUGACACCCAGCCCUCCAGCCUCUCUCAGGAGGAGCAGCUGGAUGCCAUACUGUCCACAGCGGUGGAGACCAGCUCCUUGGGAAUGAUCACUGGCUGUAUCAAGCAGUGGACCGCAGAAGAACAACCAGGCUCUGCACUGAACCUGCGCUACAUCCUGGAUUGGGCCUGGAACAAAGUGGUCCAGACCAAGGAGGACCUGGAUGGCAUCUGUGCACCGCUGUUUGACAGCUCCUCCAACUUCACAGACCCUCAGACCAUGCAGCUGCUGCAGCACAGCCAGAGACUGCUCAGUAACCUCAGCACCAUCUUCCACUGUCUGCUCAGUGAAGCUCAGGAACUCACACAAAAAGGCAUGGUGGGUCUGGUAAACAAGAACUUGGUGUCCAGUCUGAUUUCAAAGUACGCUCAGGUGGUGCUCUGGUUCUGUCGCACCGGUCUGCUGCCGGAGGGAUCAGAUGACGCUCUCCAGAUCUCCAGGCCUUUCUACACUCACUCUGUCAUCAGCAACUAUUAUACUAUACGCAGAGAGGAGCUCGCCAGGCUGUCUAAGGGCAAGUGGUGUGCCGACUGCCUGAUGAUUGACGGUUUGGUCGGCCAGUGUGGUGAGCGCUUGACCAACCUGUGGAAGAGGGAUGAGAAUGGCACUGGGCAAUACCCACCACCUACAUUGCAUGCGUUGUUGGACAUCUAUCUCCUAGACAACAUCGAUGAAUCUACCAAACAUGCAAUUGUGAUUUACCUGCUGCUGGAUGUUCUGUACUCCUUCCCCAAUAAGGAGGGCGCCUCAGUGGAGUCUUUCCCCCCAGCCUUUGCCAUCCCUAUCGGACUGGUGAAACUAGUUCAAGGCCUCUGGCUGCUGGACCAUCACGACCACCAGAGUUCCUUCGAGUUGCUCCUGCAUCCAGCGGCCUCUCAGUGUCAGUUUGAGUGGCAGCACGAGCGCGUCCUGCAUGCUCUGAUGUGCCAGAGCCAACAAGCAGUGGCACUCCGAUACUUCCACGUUACGAAGCCCCCAGUUUCCUCCACCUCCCAGGCCAAACUCUACCUGUCUGUACUUAUACACAACAAGUGUCUCAUAGAGGCGUGGUCCUUACUUCGGCAGCACUCUAAUCGCCUCAACAUGGAAGAGCUGCUGGCCUUUCUGUAUGAGAGCUGCCAGGAGCUGGGCCUCAUCCCAGAGCUGUUCAAACUUCCUCUGAGCGUCACUGAGCAGGAAGGUUUGGAGAAGUUCCUCCAGGGGACAGGGGGUCUCCAGAACAGAGAACUGCUGAUGGUUCAUUACCUCCAGCAGGCCAAAUACAUUCCUGCGCUGCAGCUCAACCAGAGGCUCAAAGUGAACUUCGCGAAUGAGCGAGACCCAAAGCUUAAAGAACGCUCCAUCACCAGGAACUCGAUAUUGGAUCAGUACGGCAAAGUUUUGCCCAGAGUCCAGAGGAAAAUGGCAAUGGAGAAAGGGAAGCCGUACCAGCAUCCCAACGCCAUCCACCGAGAAAUUUCUCGGCCACAGCCACUGUCAACCAUCACCAGACACUCAGUCCGUGAGAAGGUGAUGUCGAGGGCCGGCUUCAUCAACAAUGUUCUGUCCAAGAUUGAGGAGGUGUGGUUGGGCAAAGGAGCUUCACCACAGUCCUCCCCAGGCAGGAGUCCGAGGGCUGCUGAUGCUUACAGCCCCAAGCCCUCCUCCUCCUCCUCCAUGGCCCUUUCUGAGCCAUUCCUGGGGACUCCCAUCACCAUGACCUCCAGACGAAAGUCAAGGCUGAAGGACUUGGUGGUUCACCCCUCCUGUACGACCCCCCGCCCUCUGCUCAGUCCUCCCGGACCUUUCAGCUCCUGGGUUUCUCCAAAGAGUAUCGGCAAGGCCCCUGAACUCAGUCUGCUGCGAACACCACAGGUUGUCAAGCGAGCGCGGGCCUUGGCUGCUUCUGGCCCCGUGUUCUCUGCCUUCACUCCCCAGUCCAUCCUGCGCAGCAGCCUGAGGCCCACACCCGUCGCCACCCCGUCUGCUUCUCCAGGACGCUCCAUCACCCCCCCACUCCGCAACAAAGAGAGCCGGAUCACCUUCAUGGAUGAGGAAGAAACUCCUGUAUCGGAGAAGGGCAUCCGAUGGACCAAUGGGGUGGCAGCAGACAGUGAGAUUAGCUUGUUGACCAGAGACCCCAUUCUAUCCAAGGCAACACAUAAGACCUGGUCUGCACAGCCUGCGGAGGAGGACGAGGAUGAUGAUGAUGAUGAAGAAGAGGAGGAAAGGGAAGAACCUCAUGUGAAGUUCCUGCCUCCAGAAGGUGGUCUUCCCUCCCCAGAGCUGAGAUGCUUUGUGAGCGAGUCAAUCUCCAUCCAUGAGAGUGCUGCAAAAACCAGACCAUCAGAUGCAACACGCACGAAACUCAACCUGAGCUUUGACACCAGCCAGAAGUCCGACACCACUCUGGAGUUUUAUGAUGCACUGCUUCUCCCAGAGGACCAAGAAAGAGAGGAGGGGCAAACAGCGGAAGAAGACGAGGUAGUGACAGUGAACAUCAAAAACCCAACUGAAAAUGAAGAAGCAGAGGAACAGCUCUCACAAACCACUGAGCAGACCCCUGUCCUGACAUCAGAGGACACAGCGAGGGAGGAAGAGGAGGAGAAUGAAACAUUCGAGGACGUGAUGGAAAGUGGUCUUGAAGAGGAGGCUAAACAUGUGGAAGACGUUCAGUCUAAAGAGGAGGAUGAACAGGAAGUUCAGACCAUUAGCAAACAUGAAGAUGCUGCAACUCCUCCCCGAGAAGAGACGUCCACUCAAGUUUGUCACCAGGUUACUGAGGGCACAGACUCGGGUGCUGAAGUCGAAUCCCCGGAUCUUCCAGUGGAGCAGGACGUCCAGACUGAGGCCUCUGAAUCCACAGAGUUCACCGAGGCUCUGAAACCAUCUGCAGCCCCUGAACCCACAAUCACACCAGAAGAGGAACUGGAGUCAUCAGAUCUGACAGCAUUUGUAGAGAGACAUCUGUUUGGCGGCGAUUCGUCUCCUCCGCUCUCCCGCUCAGGAAUCCACGACGCAUCCCAGAUGCAGGCCUCCUUCAACAGGUCUGUAAAUGCUCUGUUUACAAAAAGAAGAACAAAAUCUCUUACCUAUAAGACCAAUUGUUAAAGCUGUGGCCAGAAGCAUAU